AUGGCACCCCCUGUCACCCUUCGAAAUGUCAGCAACACCCCUUUGACCCUGGUCUUGAUCGAGCACUUCGAUCCCCCCAAGAAUGAUAGUUUUCAGAUGUCAAAUGUGACCACAUCGCUCGCUACUGUGACCAACAGCAUCGGCCUGACCAAUACCACCACCCGGAGAGCUGUGCCACAGAUCGACGCCGAUGCCAGGCCCUUCGCGACUCGAGAUGUUUCGAUCAAGUUGCCACCAUUCACCGUUGUGCCGACGGAUAUCAAGGCUGUCAUUAACAAGCCUGAUGAACGUCUUCGCUUAACCUUUCAGACGGAGAUGGGAGGCAAGCAUCAGAUGUACUGCCCAGUCCCAACGGAAGAGACCGCAUCGUUGGUUGCUUUGUCACCCAAUCCGAAAGUGCGCUUCACCGGCAUAUAUCUACCAGACACUUCCUUCGUCGCGCUCUACAAUACUUCUCACCUCGAUUCGUGGAUGAAAGACAUUCCAGACAAGACUCCUCUCGGUGUCCUAUCAAUUCCAGGGACUCACAAUUCGCCUACGUGUCACAACGCCCCCCCUUCAGUGAGGUGCCAAGCGGUAUCCCCAACAGAGCAGCUGAAGAAUGGCGUGCGCUUUUUCGAUAUCCGCGUCCAAGUUCCGGAGCCUUAUGACCCUAACUCCGACAAGCUCAAUCUCGUGCAUGCUGCUUUCCCUAUUGCUCUAUCGGGAGCUAAGCACUUCCGUGGACUCUACAACGACAUCCUCAAAUUUCUCAAGGACCAUCCCAGCGAAACACUCAUUCUCUCCCUCAAACGAGAGGGCACUGGUAAGGGCACAGACGAACAAUUGUCUCGGAUCCUGAAGAAUCACUAUACCAAUCCACGCGAGUGGUACACUGAACCUCGUGUGCCAAAACUGGGCGAGGUUCGCGGUCGAAUCGUCCUGCUCAGACGCUUCGUGCUGGAGGAACCUCUCCGACGCGAGUGGAAUGGCCGUGGCUGGGGCAUUGAUGCACACAUUUGGGCCGACAACACUCCCAACGCCCUGUGUCCAUCGGGCGACGUCUGCGUGCAAGAUUUCUACGAAGUGCUCGAGAGACCUUCAAUAGAGAAGAAAAUUAGCUACGCACGCGACCACCUAGAACGUAGUGGCUGUUGCAUUUUCGAAGGCGACAAUGUCGGUGACCAGAAAUAUCCGCUCUACGUCAAUUUCCUGAGCGCGAGCAAUUUCUGGAACGUCGGCACUUGGCCGGAGAAAAUUGCGGCGGAGGUCAAUCCGGCGAUUACGGCCCAUUUGUGUCAGAAGCAUAUGCUCGGAGAUCAAGGCAGAGUGAAAGAUGGGGACUGGAGUACCGGUGUCGUCGUCACGGAUUGGGUUGGUUUAGGAGGGGAUUGGGAUAUUGUCCGAUGCAUUGUGGGGAUGAAUGCGAAGUUGAUCAGGUAG